GACGCAAGUACCGUCGGUCCAUUGCCAGAAAAGGAGAAGCGGGUGGAUUUGAGCUUAUUCUUCCCGCAUGGGGUCCCCGCUCUGAUGUUACAUCCCCAGCGCAAGACCAACGAGCAAAGGGCUUCGACUAACGCCGGUUCUUCAUAGCAAACAUGAACCCUGUCCAAUGUUUACUGUCGAUCCCUAGCCGGAAGGAUGGCAUGGAUGGAUAUGCUUAUAUAUGAGCGUAUGUGGGAUCGCGUCGUUCCAUGAUGGUCGAAGCAGCCGCCAUUGUCGAGACUCUACUCGUCCAUCAUGCUCGCAGAGUCCCUCAUCCAGGCCACCGGCUUCCUCGCGCUUGUGACAAGUGCCCAGGCACAGUCCAAGUCAAAAUGCACACCCGUCAACAACACCGCCGACUCGGACGUCCUCAAGACGUGGUGGCAUGUCACAGGCGAGAUCAACCCGUUCCACCGCGUCCAGGACGAGAACGUGCGCCAGUCACACGUCUACGACAUCCAGGUGGCCUCUGCCUCCUCGCCAGACAGAUUCUUUGAUUCCUUUGUCUACGAGUCCAUCCCGCGCAACGGCAAUGGCAAGAUCUGCAAGCCCGACGACCUCACCUCGCUCUGCGACGUCGACGACCAGAUCGAGAUUGAGGUCGACAUUGGCGUCGACAUGGCCUGGACGCAGUACCUGUCCACCGAAGACACCAUCGUCCGUGUGACGCGGCGCGAGGGCGGUCCCGUUGAGGCCUCGGAGGUGGUGAUCCGCCCGACCACACUGGACUUUGACGUCGAGGUUGAUGGCGAUGCUGUGCUGAUCACGGUCCCCUUUCACGAGAAUGGACACCGCUUCUCUGUCGAGUUUAACGAUAACCUGUGGGAGUACCGCAUCGGCGACCCAGGCAACAUGACCAACGGCCACUACGUGCAGAAUAAGAACCCUAACGGGGCCCGCUACGUGGAGGAGUACGACGACGAGCUGAACCCCGUCAUGGGCGUCGAGCCGCUCAACGCGCUCCUCGUCUUCAUGAGCCCCUUUCCCGCGGACAAGUAUGUGCCAGACCUCACCAGGGACACGUACACGGUGCCCGAGGGCCUCGUCACCGACCUCACGCAGGUCAAGGAGUCGACGCUUUACUUCCCCCCUGUCUAUAUGGCGCCCGGUGCCUACGUCAAGGGCGCCAUCCAGUACCACAGCCACGCGCUGGACCUGCGCGCCACCGGCUUCGGGGUGCUCUCGGGCGAGCAGUACGUCUACCAGGCGAACACGGCCCAGGGCUACGAGAACGUCAAGUCGGACAACACAUCCCUCAAGAUGUGGCGCGGCGAGUCGGCGCCCGGCACGCGGUGGACGAUUCACGGGCUCACGACCAACGCGCCGCCCUUUAACAGCAUGGACUUUUACGGCGACGACGUGACCUCUUUUUCCGUGGACGCGUCCGACUACAAGCAGGUGGGCGCCUUCUUUGGCCAGACGGACGGCAUCCAGAUGUACCCGGGCUCCCACGUGCGCGACGUCUUCUACCACGUCGGCGACGACGGCAUCAAGACGUACUACAGCGACGUGCUGUGCGAGCGCAUGACGGUCUGGAAGACCAACAACGCGCCCAUGAUCCAGUUUGGAUGGUACGCGCGGGACGUGGACAAUGUCACCGUCGACGCCGUCCAGGUUGUUCAUACGCGGUACCAGACGCAGCAGGUCUUUUGGCCACGGGGUAUCGCGGGUUCCGCCGUUUCGUACCUGGACCAGGAAUCGACGCGGACGGCCAACGUAAGCAAGACGCUGUCCAACUACAGCGUCACCAACGCCCGCUGCGAGGGUAUCUGUCCCAACCUCGUGGGCAUCAACCCGCUCAACAACAUUGACAUGUUCCUCAUGAAGAAUAUCUGGAUCGAGACGCUGGCGCCUGAGAUCACGGACGUCGGCAAGAGUACGUUUCGGGUGUUCACGGACGAGGAGGGCAAUGAGGUGCAGCUGGGCGCCCAGUCGCCUGGCGGGAUUGGACUCGUCAUUGAGGACUUUUACGUGGGCGAUGAGAAGAUUAGCUUUGAGAAUGAUAACUGGCGGAGGGAACAGUUGGGCCAGAUUGAUUUUGACGAGCACUGGGAUGGCAAGUGGACGUUGAGGUAGCAGUGUUGCUGUAUGGG